AUGGGCAUCCAAGGUAUGCGAGAUGGGACCCGUGACGGCUGUGAGUUGGAUAUCGAGGUCUAACACCGCAUCAAGGACUCUUGCCGCUGCUCAAGAGCAUACACAAGCCCACACACCUCCGUAACUUCUCGGGACAGACACUCGGCGUCGAUGCUUAUGGCUGGCUGCACCGCGGCACGAUAUCCUGUGCUAUCGAGCUGGCCGAGGGCAAACCAACGAGGAAACACAUCGACUUCGCCCUGCAUCGAGUACGCAUGCUCAUUCACUUUGGCGUCAAGCCGUAUUUGGUCUUUGAUGGCGACUACCUACCCAGCAAAGCACAUACGGAGAAGGAGCGUGCUGCUCGGCGGAAAGAGAGCAAGAGAGUGGGUCUGGAGUUGCUCCGGAUGGGCAGGCCAUCUCAGGCACAUCAAGAACUUCAAAAAGCCGUCGAUGUGACGCCUGCCAUGGCGCGCGAGCUCAUUGAAGAGCUCAAGCACCUUGACGUGCCCUAUGUUGUUGCUCCCUACGAAGCAGACAGCCAGCUUGCGUAUCUCGAGAAACAAGGCGUGAUCCAAGGCGUUGUGAGCGAGGACUCGGAUUUGCUCGUUUUCGGUGUCAACUGCCUUCUCACCAAGCUGGACCAAUAUGGAGAAUGUGUCAUGAUCAAUCGCGCUGACUUCACCGCUUGUAAAGACAUCAGUCUCGUCGGUUGGACCGACAAAGACUUUCGCAUCAUGGCUAUGCUGAGUGGAUGUGAUUACCUUCCGGGGAUUGACAAGAUGGGUCUCAAAACGGCUUAUCGUCUUGUCAGAAAACACAAGACUGUCGAGCGAGUGGUGCGAACAGUGCAAUUCGAUGGCAAGAUGAAGGUCCCCGCUGGAUACCUCGAGGCUUUUCAGAACGCCGAGCGGACUUUCUUGCACCAGUGGGUGUUCUGUUCAGAGAGCCAAUCUUUGUUGCAUCUCACACCGCUUCCGACCGGGACUACUGCCAGUAGCCUGCCUUAUAUCGGGAAGCAUGUAGAACCAGAAGUGGCUGCAGGCGUUGCGAGCGGUGAUCUUGAUCCAAACACCAAGCGACCGAUCCCAAUGCCAAAUCGAUUUCAGAAUCGGGCUACUCGUCAUCAGGUAGUACACACGCCGAGUGAGAAGGCUGGCAAGCCCAUCACUGAGUUCUUCAAGAAGCGCACGCCCCUUGCAGAGCUGGAUCCUAACUCUUUCACACCCUCUCCAUCUCAACAACGCCUCUUGCAGACGCAAGAAACCUUGUCCUGGUCAGCUUCUCAAGUGCCCACUUCUCGUGUAUUUGGGCAGACGCGUGCUGCAAACUCCUCUGCACCUUCUACAGCGCCUGCUGCGUUUAGGAGGACUGCAACCAACCCCUUGCCAUUUACUCGUCGAGCAUCGCCCAAGAGACAGCGCUUAUGCUCUGAGAACUCUGCUCUUGCGACUGCUAUGAAUGGGACCGAAGACGUGCGAGGGCCAGCCACCAGUCGCUUCUUCGCUCCAACUCCCUCAGCUCGCAAGAAGUCAAAUCGAAACGAGCAUGACGAAUUUGAGUUAUGGUCCGACGACUCUACUGCAGAAGCUGUGGUCGCUGCAGCCGCUGCUCCGGAUGCUACCCCAUCAUUAGGAGCUUCAUUGGCAAGGAAGCGAAAGAAACUCAAUGUGUUUGUUGACACGACAGUUGCAGAGAUGGACGAUAGCGUGGGCGAUAUCUCCCAAGAAAGUAUCCCAACCACUGCCACUACAGCAUCCCGGGAACCCGCCAUCAUUGAUACACCAGAUAUGUCUCUCGCCAGCGUAGAAUCGUCAGAAGUGGAGGGCGCAUCUAGCGAAAGGAUCAGAGCAAAGAUUUCUGCAUUUCGACAUGGCUCUGGGACACCUGUACGUACAUCGCCACCACGGACGAAGUCUGCACCUGUACUUGCCACUACACCAUUGCAGAAUGUCAAGCCCCUAGAAGGGACUGCCGACGAGCAAGACAUUGGGAGAUCUGGUGCAGAUGUGGUUCCUUGCUCGUCACCCUUGCUUGCUCAAAUCUCAUCGGAGGGAGUAGGAGAAGGCGCCGACGAAGAGCUUGACGACAUAAUCGAUGAUGCCGAGUGGCAGGAAAUUGGAAGAAAGACUGUCCGCCGUCGAGAAAGCAUCAUCAUUCAAGGCAGCGAAGACUUUUUGGUACCUGAGAGCCCCGAAAACACAGUCGAGGAUGAAGGCUCCGUUACAAAGCUGAGUUUGCGCAAGUUCGCAUACGCUGUGUGA